AUGCCGCUGCUCAUUGAAGCUCUUCUUCUCAUUUUAGCUGCUCUAGGACAGGAUCACAGAACAACUGUUGAAGGACAGAUAUUUCCAUUGGAUAUGGCACCAAAUUCUGUCGAUGACCAAUAUAAUGGUUGUACUAUGAAAAUGGCGAAUCUGGUGAAGACAUUUUUAGAGAAGGAAAGAUCUUGCUCAGCUGAAUUUAAUAAGACUUGGCAAGAAGGUGAAGAGAAUGCAAAGAAAGCAGAGGAUAACUUGCAGCAGAUUCAUUCAGUCGCUAUUCAUGUUUACACUAACAAAGACUCUACAGUAUAUAGUAAUUUCACUAGUGCCACUCGCACUGACAAACAGAAAUACAGAGAGGGGACAUUCACAUGGUAUUCACUUCACUUUCUGUUAACAGAAGCGAUACAGAUUCUGAAGAAAACACAAAAUAGAUGCUAUGUAACUUAUCGUGGUACAAAUGUUAAAUUUGAUGUUGAGAGCAAAGAGGUUCGUUUGAGCUCAUUUUCAUCCUCCUCUCUUGAUCGAACAGUGAUACAGGGUUUUGGAAAUAAAUCUUGUUUUGAAAUCUACACGUGUGAAGGUGCUAAUCUGACAAAAUACUCUAAGUAUCCCGAUGAGAAAGAGGUGCUGAUUCCUCCAUAUGAGAAUUUUAAAGUCACCACUGUCAAAAACAGGACAGAUCAGCCUGAUCUUUGGUGUGAAACUGUGUUUGUGUUGAACAGCACUGGAAAAAGUGACCUGAGUUGUGCAUUGUUUAACAGUGGAAACCAUGCUGCUUUCUUUAAUGUUCUACUAGUUUUGCAAAUAUUAUUUUGCAAAGUGUUUACCUGCUAA